CUAAAAAUUGUCGGCCAAUCGUCGUCUGGUCACGUGACCCGGUUUUGCAGAGGCGUCGUCCCGCCGAACCCCCGGCUAAAAGCACCGAUUCCCAUCACAGUCAGCUGCCGAAACUCCGGUUGACUAGUCACCGUCCCAGUUGUUCGCUUCUCAGGUAGACGUUAAUUAACACCAACAAAUAUCAUCAUGGCUGACGAUGAGCGGAAGCGCAUCGAGGAUGAAAAGAAGAGGAAACAGGCGGAAACCGACAGGAAGAGGGCGGAAGUCCGCGCUCGACUCGAGGAGGCCUCCAAGGCCAAGAAGGCCAAGAAGGGUUUCAUGACUCCGGACAGGAAGAAGAAACUCAGGCUGCUGCUGCGUAAGAAAGCCGCCGAAGAGCUGAAGAAAGAACAGGAAAGGAAGGCCGCUGAGAGGAGGCGCAUCAUCGAGGAACGUUGCGGAAAGCCGAAAAACGUCGACGACGCGAACGAAGCCGAGUUGAAGAAGAUUAUCCGACAGUAUUACGACCGCGUCUACAUUUGUGAGGGUCAGAAGUGGGAUUUGGAGCGCGAAGUCAGAAAGAGGGACUACGAGAUCGCAGACUUGAACAGCCAGGUCAACGAUCUCCGAGGUAAAUUCAUGAAGCCAACCUUGAAGAAGGUGUCCAAGUACGAGAACAAAUUCGCCAAGCUACAGAAAAAGGCGGCCGAGUUCAACUUCCGUAACCAACUUAAACAGGUCAAGAAGAAGGAGUUCACCCUAGAGGAGGAGGACAAAGAGAACGCGUCAAAAGACAAGAAGAAACCUGACUGGUCGAAGAAGGGCCCAGAAGAGAAGAAGGUAAAGGAGGAAGAAGUCGAGGCAUGAGGAUGACGUUUGACACACGAACAACAUAUAACAACGCACAAGUAAACGCUCGAGAUAUACAGAAAAAAAAAAUGAAUAAUAAAAAAUCACACACGCGGAUUUACAUCUCUGUAUCUCGCUGACGUGAUAUAUUGUAUACAUAUACAUACGUGUGUAUAUGUAUAAUAUAUAAAAAAACACACAGUCACACAAAAUAAUUAUUAAUAUUAAUAUUACUACGAUUACUAUUACAUGCUACUAUUAUUGUUAUCAUUAUAUAUGUCCGUCAGACAUUUUAGACAAUAACUCUUACACGUACAAACAUCGAUCAGCGAGUAGUACUGAAAAUCUCACACCGUACAAACAACGAAUUCACCCGGUUUUUGUCUGUGACCAUGUAAAAGGAAAACCAAAAUCCAAAAACAAAUUCAUGUUGUUCACCUGCGUGUGAUUUUAUAUCGUGUAAUUAUCGUAACUCUCGUUUCUCCCCGCAACCUUUGUGUAAAUAAUAACUCGUCACAUCCUUGCAAGAAAUAUCUGCGCCUCUGAAAAGAGAGUGUAAAGAGCAAGAAAAUGUAGGGGAGAAAAAAAAAAAAUCAAAUCCGAGAUACCCUCUUAACCGAUCCGUUGCACGUCCGUCUAGACGAAAGAUCCAUAUGUAAGUUUUACUGUGUAAAAUAUCAAUGCAUAUAUUAUAAAAAUAAUGAAAUAUCUUUGUGUAAAUAA